AUGGGCUUUCAGACUCUCUUGGCAGCCCCUCUGUACCUCCUUGCUCUCCAGACCCUGAUGGUGGUCCCGGGUGGGUCUUUGGCUCUGGGGAGACUGGAGCGCUGGGUCCGGUCUGGUCUUCAGUCACUACAGUGGAACCAGUUGAACCGUUGUCUCCGGACAUCCUCACUUUCUGAGGCUGAGUGCAGGAGGCUGUCCCAUCUCCCAUUAUCCUCUGUGGCUGUGUAUGUGUCAGAGCCACACACCGGAAUAGGAUAUUCCGACAAGGUGAUGGCCCUUCUCCCUGACACAUCAGUCCCGCUGGGGUACAAAGCGCGGGGCAGUUACAGUGUGGUGAAUGCAGGACACAGCCCCCACAGACACCAGGCUCUCUCCAGCUCCACAGCCCAUGAUGCUGUGCUGGUCCUAGACCCAAGUCCAGGGGAGAAUUUUGGACACCCAGUAGUUCUCUUCUAUGUGGACAUGAACGUGACUAAGAAGAGGUGCUCUCAUAUGGAUGGCAUUUACCUGGGAGAGGAGUGUUUAACACUUGCUUUGAAAGGUCAGUGUCAGAACCAGCUAAAGCGGCGUCUUCGGGCUGGCCUGAUCAGUGGCUCCAGUCGGAUGGUGGAGCGGACCAUUGGAGGGCUCUGUGAGGUCCACUUCCUCCCACUAGUGGUCGGUGUGGGGGACAGCAACCGCACCCAGAGACUGAAAUGUGUGGAUAACACAGAGUUUGCACCGUGCCCUCCGAUGCUACCUUUGAGUAUGCCCAGUUUACCUGUCUCUAGCUGUGAACUGAACAAAAAUACAAGAAGGUGCCAUCAGCAGCCUCUGGCCACACACCUGUCCUGCCGACUGUACCAGACCUGUGACCAUGCUGUGCUCCUGUCAGGUGGAUGGCAACAACAGGUUACUUUCCAGCACCAUGUACAAAACCUUCAGAUGUUUUAUCACAUGCUUCGCAACAAUGGUUUUCAUAAAAAUCAUAUUAGAACCUUCUUUGCCAACAGUGGACAAUUUCUAGAGGAAAUAGAGGGUGUGUACCCUGCUACAGAGAAGGCAGUGAUCCGUAACCAUGUGUCAUACAUCUGUCGAAAGCAGCACUGUGCGGACACGUUGGUGCUGUACUUGAACUCACCCACGCGCAGUGACGGGACCAUGUUGCUGUGGGACACCAACCUUGAUGGCAUUGCUGACUUAAAGGAGCGAUACUCUGUGAACGAAUUGCUGACUGACCUGGCAGGCUGCAAAGCCACCAGGGUUCUGCUCUUUGUGGAUCAAAGCUACAGUGGGGUGUUGUACAAAAGGCUGAGAGGAUCCCCAAAACACACAAAUGUGGUUCUGAUCCAGAGCCCAUCUAAACAGUCCCACAAGUACCAGAGGGGCAACCCAGACUGGGACCAGAACAACUGGGCAUACAUCAGCCCCCCCAUGUGUCUCCUGGACCAUUUAGGAAAGGGUGCUGGGACGUCCCAUCUGCUGGAGCCUUGGGCUGGUCUUCUGAAUGUGACACUGGCUGGAGCUCCUUGUAAUGUCACCCCUCCUUUGACAGACAGUGAGUUGCAGAGGGAGUACCAGGGCUGCCAAAACCUGCCCACUGCCCUAUGGCACCAGAAACUACGGAGAGUCAACUAGAAAGGGAACACAGACACAGGGACAAUAAUGUAUGUAAAUCAAGGAUAUUAGAUAGAAGUGGACCCAAAUUUGUAAGAAUAGAAGGAAAUAAUUACAGGGCAAAUAAGUAAGGUCACAAAUAAAAACAGGCUUCAUAUAGGUUUAUGUUGCUUGCUGUAAAUAUUAAUGAUUGACUGCACUAUUAGAUACAAUAGGUGAAAGCGAUGAACAAAGACUUUUAUAAAUCAUACACCGUGGAGUUCCUUGUAAAGCUAUAGUACAGUAUAGUAAUAGAGUAUGCCCACUAUGUGGGGUAGUCCCUGGUUAUUUACACCUCAUGUAACCUAAAGACUAUAUGAUCUGGCUAAAGGGAUCCGUGAAAUACUCCCAGCAGCAGUUCCCUGUGUCUAAGUCUACAUCCAGGACUCAGAGUUUUAUUAGGCCAACUGCAUGUCCCAAGAAGAGCGUUCAAAACUAUGUGAACACUGUGUGUGUGUGUGUGUGUGUGCGCGUGUGUGUGUGCGUGUGUGUGUGUGGGAGAGUUCAACAAGAGGACAUCCCACUCUAAGACCACUGCAGUUACACUGGGGUCAAUCUGAUGAAUGUGUGUGUGUGAACAACAAGUCUCCUGGGCUCUUAAACAUUUCAGAACCAAUCAACUGUGUCUAUUUUUGUCUUUGCCUGAUCUUCUCUGUACCAUCUUCAUCCUGUCCUCUGCUUCACCUUCUGUCUGUUACUUUCUUGUCAUCGACUUGACUUUUCUCUCUUAGAGACUUCCUAUCUUAAGAAAGGUUGUUUGAGGUACAUUACGUGUGUAACAUAUGACCUUAUUUCACCUUGCUUGGAAAGCAGACCACCAAUGACACAAGAACACGUGUUGCUGCAUAUCCCCACCAAACGCAAAAGCAAAAAAGAUUAACAGGGCUUAACACAAGAAAUUUGUGAAUUAUGUACAUAAUCUCCUUUUAUGUUGUUCAACAAAAAUCAUAUUGG